GCAUAUUACAAGUGUCUAUAAUUGUAAUGCAGGCUCAUACGGAUGCAGAUGAAUCCAUGAAGAGAACAAUAAUGGCUUCAUUUGGAAAGAAAUGGAGAGAUUGGAAAAGUCGAGUGAAAACAAUGGGAUACAAACCCUUCAAGAAUGAUGCAGAAAGGUUGGCUCAUCGACCAGAUAGAGUACAUGAGGAUCAGUGGCGGGCUUUGGUCUACUAUUGGGGCACUCAGAGUGCAUCGAAAUCAAGCAAGAAGAAUAGAAAAAUCCGGAAGAAGAAGACAUUACAUCAUAGGACAGGCCGAAAGCCUUUCUCAGUAGUUCGACUGGAGGAGACCAAAAAGAACAAUGGGGUUCCUGCUAGUCGGUCACAGGUGUGGAUGGCCGCAUACAUGAAAGAUGGGAUGUCAAAUAGUGAUUCAGUUAAUGAGGUUAUGACUCAAAUGAAUGAGUUAGCAGAGCACAUGGAGGGAUCUUCUACUGACCCUGCAGCAUUACAGGAGCAAAUCUUCACACAAAUUAUGGGCCCAGAGCGACCUGGUCGUGUUCGGACGUUUGGAUUGGGACCGUCACCCACUGAUGUUUUUGGAGGUGGAUAUAGGCGGUCACAAGAGCAGAAUCGUCUCUUCCAAACUCAAGUUCAGGAACAAGUUCAAGAGCAACUUCAACGGUAUCAAAUGUAGUUCGAGUCGAAGAUGAAUGAAGUAAUGGAGAAACAAAUUCAGGCUAUACGCACAGAUUUUCAGUCACGAAUUCAGUUUUUGGAAUCUCAAUUGCAAGCUGCAGGCGUGCCCGUUGAUCCAGUUGUUGCACCAUCAAACCCAUUACAUAGGCAGCAGGUUGUGGAUUCACUUAGUAGUCAUCCCACUGUUCGACCAAUGUCACAUCAACAACAAUCUCAUGCAUUUUCAUCCCAAGAGGUUCACCUUUCAAAGAAAGAGAAGAAGAAUAAGAA